UAUAUACUAUUUUAUUAUGUUUACUGAAACAGUUUUAAAUAAACACUUCUAAUUUUUAAUAGAAAUAAUAAUAAUAAAACAUAAAAAGAUGGCUGCCAUCUAGUGGCUAAAUCGUGACACUACAACUAUGACAGAAUCCGAAGACUUCAUCCAAAAAAAAAAAAAAUCCACGGUACUACUCCAGGAGUAUCUUCUUCUCAGUGUUUCGUCCACAGUAGAGGCUGUGGAACUUUAGCGGCCAGUCUGAUUAAUUAAAGUUAAACGGAUUACCAACGCGGUGACUGUCUCGAACAACUGACAACAAAGGACAACAAUACAACAAACCACAGCACUCCAGACAGAGUGGAGCCAGCAAACUUGUGUGAGACGUUCCAGAGCCGCAGCACUGCCGGCGCAGGAUUUUUCUUCUUCAGACGUCGAAAUAUCAAAGCACUUUGUCAGUGCCGCGGAGGGAUACGCAUAAGGUCUUUCCAGUCUACUUGUCUCCGGGACUUGGAGGACAUGGCAUGGGGAGAAGGAGGAAAGAAGCGGCGGAAAAGAUCAAUCUUUCAUCAAGAGAAAAGGUGGUGACUUCACACUGAACCACGUUGGGUGAACGCAUCACACAGAGGAGCGGAGGCGUUUUUUUGGAAAUAUGAUUGUCUUCCUAUAAGGCUUUUUUUUUUUUUUUUUGGGGGGGGGGACUCAGUCAAAAACCGCUGCGUCCUGAUGUCAGCAUCUACAGUUUGAAACUUUUCCCUCAGUUAGUAGUGGUGACCCUACUACGGUCAGCUUGCUGCAGGGCCUUUCCUGAGCAGCAGCAGCUGCGUCCUGCUUGCUGACUCCCAUUCCUCCCCUGCUUCCUGUCCUUGGUCAGACAAGGCUAGUCUCCUCACUCCACCCUCAUCUCUGUCCACACGCUUGCUUUUUACACUGCUCGUUUGGUUGAUCAAGCAUUCGGACUGUUACUUUUUUUGAGAGUCUUGGACGGACGCAGGGCGGCCGUUUACCCCCACGCAGCUAGCUCUCCGAUUUGAGCUAAAACCACCUUGCCCGAGAUGUCGUCCAUGUCUAGCCUCUUUUCUUUCACAAGCCCAGCAGUCAAGCGGCUGCUUGGGUGGAAGCAAGGAGACGAGGAAGAGAAAUGGGCAGAAAAGGCUGUGGAUGCACUUGUGAAAAAGCUGAAAAAGAAGAAGGGCGCCAUGGAAGACCUGGAGAAAGCCCUGAGCUGCCCCGGUCAACCCAGCAAGUGCGUUACCAUUCCAAGAUCCCUGGAUGGCCGGCUGCAGGUUUCUCACAGGAAAGGGCUUCCUCACGUUAUCUACUGUCGAGUGUGGCGCUGGCCGGACCUUCAGUCCCACCAUGAGCUGAAACCCCUGGAGGGGUGUGAAUAUCCCUUUGGCUCCAAACAGAAGGAGGUCUGCAUCAAUCCAUACCACUACAACCGUGUAGAGAGCCCUGUGCUGCCUCCUGUCCUCGUACCACGACACAGCGAGUUCAACCCACAGCACAGUUUGCUCGCACAGUUUCGCAAUCUCACCCACAACGAGCCGCACAUGCCGCUAAACGCCACCUUUCCGGAGUCCUUUCCACAGCCGCACAACGGUGGUGGCUCUUUUUCCAUUUCUCCCAACUCUCCAUAUCCCCCCUCUCCAGCCAGCUGUGGUACUUACCCAAACUCUCCUGUCAGCUCGGGGCCCUCCAGUCCAUUCCAACUCCCAGCUGACACCCCACCCCCAGCCUACAUGCCCCCGGAUGAGCAGCUGGGCCAGGAAAACCAGUCCAUGGAAACAAGCAGCAGCCUUGUGUCUCAGAACAUCGGUAGAGGAGAUUUGCACUCAGUGGAGUACGAGGAGCCAAGUCACUGGUGCUCCAUCGUCUACUAUGAACUUAACAAUCGUGUCGGCGAGGCUUACCAUGCCUCGCUAUCCAGUAUUAUCGUGGAUGGCUUCACUAACCCUGAAAACAACAAAAACCGCUUCUGCCUUGGGCUGCUGUCAAACGUCAACCGCAAUUCCACGAUUGAGAACACUCGCAGGCAUAUUGGCAAAGGGGUGCACCUGUACUACGUGGCCGGGGAGGUGUUUGCAGAGUGCCUGAGCGACACCAGCAUUUUUGUCCAGAGUCGUAACUGCAAUUUCCAACACAACUUCCAUCCCACCACCGUGUGCAAGAUCCCCAGCGGAUGCAGCCUUCGCAUUUUCAACAACCAGCAGUUUGCUCAACUCCUGGCCAAGUCGGUCAAUGAGGGUUUUGAGGCGGUCUAUGAGCUUACCAAGAUGUGUACGAUUAGGAUGAGUUUCGUCAAGGGCUGGGGAGCAGAGUAUCAUCGGCAGGAUGUCACCAGCACCCCCUGCUGGAUUGAAAUGCAUUUGAACGGGCCCCUGCAGUGGCUGGAUAAAGUGCUGACACAAAUGGGUUCACCCCUCAACCCUAUUUCGUCUGUGUCCUAAUGAUGGGAGCUCGGAAAAGCCUUUUAACUUUUUUCAUUUUUUUUUUUCUUUCCCUCUUCAUUUUUUUAUGUUUUACUUGUCCCCAUUCAAUGAUUUAUAAUUUAAAAUCGAGUGGAUGAACUGUUUACACUUUACUUCUGGAAGGGAUUUUGAACUCUGGCUUGAAAUUCAACAGCAGCUGCAGCCAGAAUCCACUUGUUUAAACAACAAACCAGUGCAAGAAAAUACCUGGACAAAAAAAUCCCUACAAAACGGUCAAGUUGCAGAAACAUGGACACACUGUCUGACGAAGAUCUGUAAGAAUUCAGUCUCUACUGUUGAGCCUGUGGCUGUCAUUCAUUUUUGCCUCAAGUUUUUUUUUUUGAUAAAUGUGUUUUAUGUGUAGUUUUUAAUUAAGCCAAUCUCUCACUACUCUGCGUCUGACUGAAUUUGAAUUUUAUUGAACACAAUUUAUUGUUUUCAAUGCGCUUUUGUUUACCUUUAAAACUCUGAUAACAUUUUUUCAUUUUAUAGUCUCUACUGCUAGAAAUGAACACUGAGCUACUGCCUUUAAAAAAUAUGUAUGCCAUCACACGAUAGUUAAUGAUAUGGGAGAUCACUGAACAAGUUUAACAUGCCAUAAGCUAACAUUAUGAAUGUUACAUCUAUUGCAAUAGAAUUAGUCGCUGUGUAAUCAGAGAAUGGACACUACAGUUAUGGAUUGUGUUUGUACUCUCAAGUUCAAGUAAGAGUGGCUGUAUUUUCCAUACUCACUGUAUUAACAAUAUUGUGCACUCAUGGAUUUUGUGAAGGCAUAUUCAAUUUUGGCUUGGGUACCAAGGCAUUAUGUCAGUAGUUUGCUUCAUGAGCUCAUUGAAAUAAACUGGUUCUGUGGAAACGGG